AUAUGCAAAAACACAAAAAAUUAGGCCCUUCAAAGUAAACAUUUUGCUGAAGUUGAGAGAAAUCCAGUCGAUUGACUCGGCGAAAGGGCGAACAGCAGUAUGAAGAAGAAGGUAUUGGUGACCGGAGCUUCCGGUUACUUAGGUGGAAGACUCUGCUACUCCCUACUCAAACAAGGCCACUCCGUCCGUGCUUUUGUCCGCCCAACCAGCGACCUCUCCUCCCUUCCUCCGCCCUCCAACGGCGGAGCUCUCGACCUCGCCUAUGGUGAUGUCACCGACUACCGCUCCCUCCUCGACGCUUGUUCCGGCUGCCAAGUUAUCUUCCACGCCGCCGCCCUCGUCGAGCCCUGGCUUCCAGAUCCGUCUAGAUUCGUUUCCGUUAAUGUUGGAGGUUUGAAGAAUGUGUUGCAAGCAUAUAAAGAGACAGGGACAAUCGAGAAGAUAAUCUACACGUCGUCCUUUUUCGCUUUGGGAUCAACAGAUGGACAUGUUGCAGAUGAGAGUCAAAUUCAUCCUGCCAAGUCCUUUUGUACGGAAUAUGAGAAAUCGAAAGCCAUUGCCGAUAAGAUUGCUUUAGAAGCUGCGUCGGAGGGGGUGCCCAUAGUGCCGGUGUAUCCUGGAGUUAUAUAUGGUCCCGGCAAGGUCACAGUGGGAAAUGUCCUUGCGCGUUUGAUUAUUGAACGUUUCAAUGGACGGUUACCUGGUUAUAUAGGCUAUGGAAGUGAUAAGUUCUCUUUUAGUCAUGUUGACGAUGUAGUAGAUGGGCACAUUGCAGCUAUGAACAAAGGUCGACUGGGUGAAAGAUAUCUUCUUACUGGAGAAAAUGCAUCAUUCAUGCAUGUUUUCGAUAUUGCUGCCAUCAUCACUGAGACAAAAAAGCCAAGUUUUGGCAUCCCCUUGUUGGUGAUUGAGGCUUAUGGAUGGUUAUCAGUUCUUUUCUCCAGAAUAACUGGAAAGCUUCCCUUGAUAAGCCCCCCGACUGUGUAUGUUCUUGGACAUCAGUGGGCAUACUCUUGUGAGAAAGCCAAGGUAGAGCUGGAUUAUAAUCCUAGAAGCUUGAAGGAAGGUCUAGCAGAGGUACUUCCCUGGUUGAAGAGCUUGGGUUUGAUAAAAUACUAAGAAGGAAAAGAUAAUUGGUGUUGUCUGUGUUGUUGCUGUUUGUCACCAUGUUGUUUGCGACUCUGAUAGUUCUGCAUGUAGUUUGAACAACUAUGAUGUGAACUGUCUCCUUUUCAACAUUGAAACACUUGAUCAUGUCAAAUGAAGAGGUAUACACCAUUUUUUCUAUAGGAAAGAUAUGCACCAUUAUGUUCAUGGGAGCACUGAUUAUGCUUGUAAUAAAAUUACCGUAACAGUGUCUGGUGGAAAAUUUCCUCCCUGCUAUCAUUCAGGCCUCAUAUUCACUAAACAACACAAAAUUGAAGUCAAUUGUGUUUUUUUUUUUGGGUUAAUCUCAUUUUGCACCCCGAAAGAUCGUUCGAAUCUCAAUUUAUACCCCCAAAGAUUAAAAAUCUUAAUUUGCACCCUCAAAGAUAGAAAAUUGUAUUAAUGUACACCCCCAAAGAUCAAAAAUCUCAAUUU